GUAAUUGACUACCUCAGCCCGCUCGGCACUUUCCGACAACGGAAGAGGCUCGCGAGACGCAGCCGAAGCGGCCUCGAACGCUGCUGGCACCGUGUCACGUUUUUUUUUGUUUGUUUUUCCGGAAAUUGACAAAAGGACCCUAAGGCUCAAACCUCGCGUUUUAAUUAGUCGGGGGCAGCCGCCCAUCAACCCCCCCACACCUGAGGUAGUGGCAGGGAGCGAGAGGGCGCACCGCAGCCCCGAAACCUCGCCCUGGCCCCUUUCCCCCUCCGCCCGAGCAGGAGGAAGUGAAAACUACACAGAUUUUGGCAYCAGCGCGACACAUCGCGGGGCCCCGGCGGAGGGAAGCGAACUUCGCCGCAGCCCGCUCCGCUCUACCCUCACCGCCGGCAUCGGGCGCGCCCGCCCGYUCCGCCGCUCUGUUCUGUUCUCCUCCUCUCCUCAUCCCCUCCCUCCCUCCUUUUUUCUCUCUCCGGCGGCCCUGCACGCACCGCGACAAAAGUAAAAGCUCUGCAAGUCUGCAAUAAAAAUGGCCUCCAAUAAAACUACAUUGCACAAAAUGGGAAAGAAACAGAAUGGCAAAGGUAAAAAAGUUGAAGAGGCAGAGCCAGAAGAAUUUGUUGUGGAGAAAGUCCUGGACAGACGUGUUGUAAAUGGAAAGGUGGAAUACUACUUGAAGUGGAAAGGAUUUACAGAUGCUGACAACACAUGGGAACCUGAAGAGAACUUAGAUUGUCCAGAGCUGAUUGAAGCUUUUCUGAACUCUCAGAAAGCUGGUAAAGAAAAAACAGAUGGUGCCAAAAGAAAAUCUUUGUCAGAUAGCGAAUCUGAUGAUAGUAAAUCAAAGAAAAAGCGUGAUUCCGUUGACAAACCAAGAGGGUUUGCAAGGGGUCUUGAUCCUGAGAGGAUAAUUGGGGCUACGGAUAGCAGUGGAGAGCUUAUGUUCCUCAUGAAGUGGAAAGACUCUGAUGAGGCAGAUCUGGUGCUGGCCAAAGAAGCUAAUGUGAAGUGUCCUCAGAUCGUAAUCGCUUUUUAUGAAGAACGGCUAACUUGGCAUUCAUGCCCAGAAGAUGAAGCACAAUAAUUGUUUGCAUUGCUUUUUUUAUAUAUAAAAAUAUUAAAACCCAAAAUUUGUUUUAAUAGCAAUGUGAGAAGCAUACAUUCUAACGAGUUUUAAAUUUGAUAUUUUUUUGAAGUAGUAUGUUUUGCAUCAGCAGCAAGUAAAUAAAAGCUUUCUGCWACUUGUUUCAUUUAUCACAAGAGAGCAUUUGAUACUACUACUUCCUCCAUAUUAGCUAAAAGCUUUUAUAAAACAUUGAUGAGCUUCCAUAGUUAUUACAGAAUCAUAAUGAAUGUCUAAACAAACUCACAGAUGUUUUGUAGUCUUCUAUACUAUUGAUGUGCAUGUAUCUUCUUUACCCAAACCUAGCCCUUUAAACCUGUAGGGUCAUUCUUUUUAGUAUUUGGAAUCACUUGGUCUUAAAAAGACCAGGUGAAAACUAACUUUGUAGUAAUUUGAAUGUUAUCAGACUGUAUAUUGUUUACUUUAUUGUAAAUACUGGUGAACAGUGGUCAAUAAAAUAGUUUUAUAUUCUUCCUUUA